GUUUCUGUUGCCAUUACAAUCAAUGAUUUUCUUUCGGAAUUAGUCCAUUAUUUUCUUAAUAGAUGGUCUUUCAUAAUUGUAAUUGAUUUAUUCAAAUGAUAAAAGGAGAGGUUUUAAUCGGAAGAAAUCGUAAUCGUGAAGACAAUGUAAAUAACUACGGCAGAAACGCAGGACGUAAACGAAAUAACAAUCACUUCAGCUGAAGUUACAUUAAGUCUCGUGCUUCCUGUUCGGACACCAGGAGCAUCAUGGUGGACAUCUCAGUGAAAAGUGGAGCCGCAUGGGAAGUCUCUGCUCGGGAACGCCACCUGGGUGACGUUCUGCUUUCUGUGCACAUGGGAGAUGAAGAAGAUGAAGUCAAUAAAGCAAAGCUGUGUCAGGCAAAGGGAGGGGAGACAGACAGAUGUGACCCAGUUCUGCUGCAGAAGACACAGGAAGACUCUCCCUGUGUCUUGACACUGUCCUGCAGCCUCGGUUCCUCUAACCUCAUUGGUCGCCUGCUGGUUGUCAGUGAGGCUCGAACAGCGGAGGUAUACAACCAAUCAGGAGAUUACUGUGGGACGGCACGCGGACAAAGGGACAACAGUGUUCAUACAGACAGUGAAGACAGAGGGCCUUUUUAUAGGAAAGAGCUGAACCUGGAUCAGCCCUGUGCUGGCUGCGAAGUCAAGCUUCUCUCCCUGGGAGGUAGAAAUAGUGUGAUGGUGGGUCGAAUCGUGGUAGGUCUGAGGCAACUUCAGCCCAGCCCACCACGUGGCCCAGGAAUCGACAUGCAGGCAGUGCAGUUUCUGGUGGAAGAGAUAGGAACCAGCCUCUCACCUGGAGCUCAGGACCUCAUGGACAUGGUCCACAUUCAGCAGAAGAACCAGAACAGCUCUCUGGCCGGGUUCCUGCCACUUCUGAUGAGCAGUGGAGCGUUAUCUGCUUUCAGUCCUGCGGCUGCCCGAAACCAGAGCCAGUCUGCAGAAUCAUCGCCACCUCUGGAGUUCAGCCCGGCUGAUGAAAUGUUGUCGACUGAUAACGCAGCAAUGUCCAGAAGCUCAACCUCUUCGCCUUCGUCUUCUCCAGGAUCUGUUACACUGUCAGACUUAAACACUGACAACACAGACAACAGCCGUCACAUAAACCAUACCCACUUAGCAGAAAUUAUGUCACACUUCCUGAAGUCCGACCAGAGACACACACUCAGCUCCAACGUGGAGCUCCUGCCAAUUCUCCAGAACAUCUGUGGUCAGGUGACGCAGCUGAGACUGGACAACGCUGCAGCCACUGUGGAGAGAGGCGAGACGAUGAGAAACGGUUCAUGGGAGUUGGACACAGCCAUGGAACGCCGCCUUGAGGAGAUGGAGCGCAGGCUGAAGGAUCACAUGGACCGUCGCCUGGAUGCUCUGGAGCAGAAACUGGAGAGGGCGCUGAUGAGUGCUCUACCACUGCUUACCACCAAUGGUGUAGGAAUUGCACCAACUGCACAAAUUCCUGCCAGUGAUGUUGCAAAUGGCUAAAAAGGGGAGAAUGCCACAGUUAACCAGAAGGUGGUAGGGCUUCAAAUAUUUCUACUGUUAACAGUAGAGAAGUUCAAGACCCUAAAAAAAAACUACAGUUUAGUAUAAUACAUAUACAUAACCUAUGGGCGGCACUGUUUCAGAUACUGACCCAUCAACACAAGAGGCACAGACAAAAAAAAAGUGUUUUAAAAAAGUUAAUUGUUUCAUGUUCCUGUGGUACAAACAGUACUAGUGUCACUAAAAUAUAAUAUGAAUUUGUUUGGUGAAAAGAAACCAUCAUCACCUAAUGGACGCUGUUCCAGUCCAGUCCACUAGGUGGUGCAGGUCAAUCAGUGUCUCCAUUAUUUACAAGAUAUCAUGUGUUUGUUUAACUAUAAAAACUCAGAUGUGAAAUGAGUGACAUCUGAAAGGGAAAGUGACAGGAAUUUAAUCCAGAAAGUGAAAAUGGUUCCAGUGAUGAAAGAACCCAGUCAGUGACUGGUACUGAUGUGUAACUGUGUGUGUUGUGACCUACUGUUCUCAUGCGACUGCACUGAUUUAGGUGAGGCUUUUUUUAAUCCACUCUUCAACUUCCUGUCACAUGAGCCGGUUUAAACUGUAACAUCUGA